CUCUAUAAAUUCAAGCUUGCACCUUUCACUUCUAGUUCAUGUACUAUCCUUCUAUCCUUUAUCAACCGCAUUGCUCUUUCUAUCCUUUAUCAACCGCAUUGCUUUUGUCGCGCUACUUUCAUUAGCAACCGUAUUGAGUAGAGAUUCUAAUAAGAAUUCUAUUUUAUGUUGUAUUUACAACCGGACAUAGCUCUCAAUUAAAAUUUCCUCACACUUCAAAUAAAAAACCAGAAGAAUUCCUCUGUUCUUCCCCUGUAUUUGCUCUGUUUUCAAUUGCAAUUUUGUUCCAAAACAAUAGCAAAAUGUCUCCUCCACAAGAACUAGUAGAAGAAAAUGAAGAUGUGAGUAACUGGAGCUUCAUGCAAAUGCUCAACAACUCUUCUUCCUACCAAAAAAAUCGAUCUGAUACAAAGGAGGAAGUCUACAUUCACCUUUCGACGAAGCUAUCUUCUUCUUCUAUUAUGAACACAGGAAGCUUGGAGAUGUGCACAGAGAUAUUAGGAAGCGAGACGGGUAGCAUUUAUAUCAGUGAAAGCAAUAUGGAUGAGUUCAUUUCUGACAUUUCUCGUGGUGUUCAACGAUCAAAAUGUCGAGAAUUCAAGAAAAGAAUCAAAAGGACAGUGACUUUUCCACCUCCUCUAACUUCAAUCAGUGGAAUGGACAGGGUUCAAGUAAGAUCUUAUCGUGAAGGCGAGCGCUUAGUUUUAAGGGCUGCAAGGAUAAGUACUUGCAGCUCUUAUUUUCAAGCUGAGCGUGCUAACGGCACGCUCAAACUUUCUUGGUUAAAAGAUGGUAAUAAUAAUGAAAUGGAAGUUGAACAAGAUGCUGAAGUUCAAAAUGGUGAAGAAGCUGAAGCCAAAUUCAUUGACCAUGAAAAUGGUGAUGAUUAUUGGCCAAAGAACGGUAGAAGAAGAUUAGCCAAGAGAUGUAAGGAAAGUGGAAGUACAAGCAAAGGGAUACUAAACUGGGGGCAAUUAUGGGUGGUCAUUUCCUAAAGAAUCUACCUAUGAAACACCAAUUUACAAGUAUCAGUGUAAUUUAAUUUUUAAUCUACUGUUGUAGGUAAGCUGCUUUAUUAUCUAUGUUA